AAGCGCGUCGCUCUUCGACGGCGCACGCGCAAAUCGCUGAUACGAUACGAUCCACGCUGCCGUAUAAAAGGGUAGGCGCCCUUGCCGCAACCCACUUACACGCUUGUUCCUCGAGUAGGUCGGUCUUUGGUGUACCACAGAACAAAGUAACUUUUGUGCCAAAAUGUCUUUGGAACAUGUGGAUGUGAUCUUACGCCAUGGCGAAGAAGAUACAGAGGGUGUAGUCCUGGCCAAGGGAGUGUCCAUGAUCGUCCUCUUCUGUGCUUCCAUGAUCUGUGGUCUUGCACCAUUGCUACUGGCUAAGAAGUUCAACUGGCUUUCGGUUGAAGAUGCAGGAAACCUUAAAACUACCAACAGGGUCGUAAUGACCCUGCUUUCUUUCGGUGGUGGUGUCCUGCUGUCUACAACCUUCAUGCACUUGGUGCCUGAAGUCCAAGAAAAUGUGGAAUACCUUCAGAGUAGCGGUGCUUUGAAUGAAUUUGAUUUCUCCCUGACUCCUCUCCUAACAUGUUCGGGUUUCUUCAUCAUGUAUUUGGUGGAAGAAUUGGUCCACAUGUAUAUUCACUACAGGGAGAGGAAGAAUGGCCAGGUGGCGCCACUAGUCAGGAACUUGAGUGUUCGUCAGAGCCGCAGCGGAGUCGGCAAUGGAGAGAAGAGCGUUAAUAACUCGACCGCAGACCUUGUUGAGUCAAAAAAGGACAUUGAAAGCCAUCACCACAAUGGACACGGACAUUCACACCACCACAGUCACAUGCCAAUGAACGUGGGUGAUGACGUAACUUCUGCUCUAAGAGGAUUACUCGUUGUGCUUGCUCUGUCUAUCCACGAACUGUUCGAGGGUUUGGCAGUCGGUUUAGAAUCCAGCACUUCUCACGUUUGGUACAUGUUAGGAGCUGUUUCCGCCCACAAGCUCGUCAUCGCCUUCUGUAUUGGUGUGGAACUGAUCGCUACGCGUACUAAAACUUGGUUGAUGAUUGUGUACAUCACGACUUUCGCCAUUGUUUCGCCAUUGGGUAUCGGAAUUGGUUUGCUGUUGGUGGGAGGUCAAGGUGCUACUGCUGCCGGUAUCUCGUCUGUGGUACUUCAGGGUCUGGCAUCAGGAACCCUGCUCUACGUCAUCUUCUUUGAAAUCUGGAAGGGCGACAGAACAGGCAUCUUGCAAUUCUUUGCUUCUGUGGUCGGAUUCUUCAUCAUGUUCGGUCUGCAGCUGCUAACUGGUCACUCACACUCCCACUCUCACGACCAUGGUCACAGCCACAACAGGAAAUAAGUACAUUGAGUUCAAACACCUAGAUUUUCUAUGACGACAUGAAAAAUAUGAAUUAAAUCAAGUACUUAAUCUAAUAAGUGUUGACCAAAUGACAAUUAUUCUAUUUGUGAUAAAUUAUCAAGUGUACAUUAUAAUUUUAAGAUAGCAUAAACCUACUUAUAAUUAAUGUAAUUAUUAUGUAAGAAAAUAAUGCUGACGAAGUUACAGGAGCUCUAAAAGAGAAAAUAUUGUUAUUUUCGGAUACUCGCUUUGAAAUAAGUAAUUAGUGUUGCCAUUAGUUGCUAUUUUUCAUUUUUAAAUGUAUGACAAGACAAGGAAGAUGCCUAAACUUACGAUAAAUAUGAUUUAAAAUAUUAUCAAUAUCUACUAGCGAGAUUCCGGAACAAACAAACUUUCUAGUCAUCAGCUACAUAAUAAUGAUUAUUAUUAUCUUACAAUUAAUUUUGUAGCAUACCUAAUUGUAUUGCAAGACUUAAAAAUAUCUGACUGGCGGGAACUAUUAAUAAAUAUUGAAAUUAACCGCGGCGGGCGGUAG